AUGGCCGGAGUCCACAAACUGGGUAUACAUGCUACUACAGGGCAGACAAUUGAAGCUAUUCAAAGAAGCUUUUCUUGUCAUGGAUUGCCACAGCGACUCGUAACCGACAACGGUCCUCAGUUUAGGACACAAGACUUCAAUGAGUUUAUGGAAGCCAAUGGAAUCAAGCAUCAACUGACUCCACUCUACCAUUCUGCAUCUAAUGGACAGGUAGAGCGAAUGGUACAAGAGUUGAAAAAGAGCUUGAAGGGUCGACCAGCGGGAAGGUCGAUAAGUCAUCAAGUGUCUUCGUUUCUUCUCCACUAUCGUACCACUCCACAUACUGCAACAGGCAAAACUCCUGCCGAACUGUUGUUAAUAAAACGAAUACCGAUAACCAAGUUAUCUUUGUUGCGCCCAGAGGUAAGUGACAUUGACAGAGAUGAGCAGAGAAUCAAGUUCGAGGAAGCUACCUAA